UAUGCCAGGUAAUUGAGUUUGUCCUCAUUGAAGUGGCCUGAUCAUCUUUCUCUUUCUUUUUUCCACCUUAAUCAUCAUCUUUUUCAUCUUCCUCGAUUCCUAAACUAUCAUCAUCAUCAUCAUCAUAAUCGGCAAACAACAUUUCCCAUUUCAAACAGAAAAUCAUUUACUCCUUUUCAUCCGAUAUUUUGGUUGUGCGAAUUUUUAAUUUUCCCAAUUUCUUUCGAUAUCCAUUGGUCAGCAAUUUACUCUGGUGAUCUUCAUUUUUUUUUAAUUUUUUCGAUUUGUUAUCCAUCGGAAUUGUGUUAUUCGUGUAUCUGUGAAUUGGAAGUUAAUUGUCGGUGAAAAUGGUUGACACAUCAACCCUCGAGUCGAUGUCGUUUUCCAACCCUAAUGAAACCUUGUAUUCGUCUUUCUAUUACGAUGGAAUGGUUUCCGAUGGAAUUGGAUAUUUUUUCAAUAAAGUUCGAUUUCUUUUCUAUUUGGCCACACCUUGGGAAACGAUGUACCCAAGACUGGACAUGGUCCCUCGUUAUGUCGUAGAGAUGUUCCCGUUCUUCGUGAUUAUGUCAGUCUUGGAAAACGCUGUUCGCUUAUUCACCGGAAAAGGUAUUCUGAGAACCAACGAUUCCAUAGCAUCACUAAGCUCAGGAAUUUUUCAAGAAUGUCUCAGAAUCAAAGUCAGAAGCAUUGAGAUUAUCGUUUAUUGUUUCAUUCAUGAGAGAUUCAGACUGAUGACACUUCCAUGGGACUCGGUGUGGACUUGGUAUAUAUGUUUUAUUGCCAUAGAUUUAGGUUUCUAUUGGGCUCAUAGAAUAGCUCAUGAAAUCGCAUUUAUCUGGGCAAUUCACCAGAAUCACCACAGUGGUGAAGAUUUCACCUUGGUUGCUGCUCUUCGUCAGGCAGUAUUACAACCAUUCACUGCUUGGUUCACUUAUGUUCCAUUGGCAUUAUUUAUUCCACCUCCGAUAUUUUUGGCCCAUCUUCAGUUGGGUGAAUUGUUCAUGUUCUGGGUUCACACUGAGGUGAUCGGUAAACUUGGCCCACUUGAGUAUAUUCUGAACACACCAAGUCACCAUAGAGUACAUCAUGCUCGAAAUCCAAAAUAUAUCGAUAAAAAUUACGCUGGGGUUUUGAUCAUUUGGGAUCGGAUUUUCGGUACUUUCCAAGAGGAAGACGAAAAGGAGCCAGUGGCCUAUGGACUUGUUCAUCCCGUCGAAAGUUACAAUCCAUUCUAUGUACAAUUUCAUUCGUGGUACUUUAUGUUCAAAAAAAUGGGCGAAAUGAAGUCAUUCAAACACAAGAUUAUGGUUCCGUUCAUGGGACCAGGAUGGGAACCAGGAAAACCGAGACUGGGACUCAUUUCAGAUCUUCCUGAGAUUAAACAUCCUGUCAAAUAUUGGGAUCCACAGAUUCCACUUCUUCAAAAGAUUUACGUUAUCGCUCAUUUUGGCCUCGUCUUAUUGUUUUACAAUGAACUUAAUCUUCGAAAACACAGUUUGACACAAUUUACGAUCACUUGUGGUAUCAUUUCGCUUCUUACAUCGAUAACCACAGUUGGAUUCCUAUUGGAAGGAAGAUGGUUUGCCAGUUUCCUCGAAUUAGCUCGAUGUUUGGCCUUCCUUGCCGCCGAACGUUACCUUCUUCCCAUCGCUGCCCCACUCGAACACUUUGGUAUUUAUCGGGAAACAGUUCUAACUGGAAUUAGAACCGCUUUCAAAGCUUCGGCCAUGUUGUGGGCCAUUGUUGCCGCUCAUGUGAUCGCUAAGCGAUUCCUUUACAAACGAAUCAGAUCAAUCGCCAAAUUCAUUAAGGUACAAUAAGAUUAAUCAUCGAUUGGUAAUCAAUGGAAAAUUAAAAAUAAUCGAGUGUAUCAAAAACACUUACGAACAAACUUUAAUUGGAGAAAAUAAAAAGAAAGUGAAAUUCAGUUAAUUAACAAUAGAUUAUUGAUUGUUAAUUGUUUAUGAAACAGGACAUUGAGAUUGUCUGAAAAUGACCACUUGACCAUUGGACUUAUUUUGAUUUGUCUUAAUUCAAUAUUUAUUGAUUUCUAUUGAAAAUGUAUUGUUAAUUGUUGGUUGGAGUUAAUAUAAUCAUUGUUUGAUUUUGAUCUUCAGUAAAUGUGAAUGAUUAAUUUGUUUAUCAACAAUUAAAACAAAUUGAUUGUAAUGAAGUGCCAAUUAAGGCUAAUUUUGUAAUUUAAAUUGUGUAAAAAAUAUAUCAAAUUUUGAAGCAAA